AUUCGAUUGAGUCGAUUGUGAUAAUAACGUGAGCAGACAACAACAAAAUAAAAAAUUUAAGUGGAAUAAAAACAAACAUUAGCAGUUCUUUCGGUAUCUUCUUUAAAAAAUCUAACUAUUUGCGCGAAACACGAAAAACACGUGCAUCAUCAUGAGUAUGAGUGACGACGACCGAGACAUAGACAUCGAGAGUGACGACGAUGCGGAUUCGGAUACUGGUCUGGGUUCCUCCCGCCACACGAGCACUGCGAAUUUCACCCAGGCCGAGAAGCGGGCGCAUCACAAUGCCUUGGAGCGGAGGCGGCGGGACCACAUCAAGGAGAGCUUUACCAAUCUGCGGGAGGCAGUCCCCACGCUCAAGGGCGAGAAGGCGAGUCGAGCUCAAAUCCUGAAAAAGACCACCGAAUGCAUACAGACAAUGAGGCGGAAGAUCAGUGAUAACCAGAAGGACAUUGAGGAGAUCAGAAAACAAAACUUUAUACUAGAUCAGCAGAUUCGAGCCCUGGAGAGUCCGAAUGGUGACUCCCUCGCCGAAUUUCUCAGCGACGAGGAACUGGAGAGCGAAGAGGCCGAAGACGACCUCGACCAGCCAGACUUCAGCAGACGCAAUAAGAAGAUGAAGACCUUCCACGCAUAGCCGCUUCGCCAGUCCCAAAUGCUGCAUAGAGGCCUGUGCCGGUUUUCACAUUCAACGACAAUUUGUAAUACUUUUCGCUUUAAGUUUACCUUAGAGUUGUGUUAUCCAAGAGCAAUAGCCCCCCAAAGUUGUGAAGAAAUCGCUUCCAAAUUCAAAUCAGUUUAAACUCGAUCAAAUUAAGUGGAAAUGAAAACUAACAAGUCCGAUAAUCAUAAUCAUCAUUAGCUGUAAGUCUAUAAUGUAACCCACCCAAUCGACCUUAAUUUGUAUGCGUGUGUCUUUUGUACUUUGAGCAAAUAAUCACUCUUGCUAACAGUAAAAAA